UCACCCACCCACAUCUAAUUAAUUGUUUCAUCUCUCUACUCCCUACAAACACAUCCACACAUCAUCUCUCCACUCAAAACACCUUUUCAAUUUUCUUCUGUUGAAUUGUGCAGUCUUGGGUAGAGAUGGCAUCUCUUACUGUAUCAGCUCCCUGCAAGCUAUCCUCUGCAUCAUCCAGCCUGGCAGGUAUGAAGCUCACCUCCAGGCCCACAGGAGCCCAACAAAACAGGGUUGUUAGGAUGCCUGUGAAGGCUGCUUCCAAUGCAAGCAUUGAGGUGGAGAAGAAGGAGGACAAAGAAGCCAUGCAGAGGAGGUCAGUGAUGUUUGCUGCUGCUGCUGCAGCCGUGAGUGCAGUGUCUCAGGGGAUGAAUGCCAUGGCAGGUGAGCCCAAGAAUGGAAGCCCAGAGGCCAAGAAACUCUACGCAAGAAUCUGUGUCACAAUGCCCACUGCUAAAGUCUGCCGCAACUAGAUUUAUUACCUCCAUGUAUGAAUCAGUAUUAUUACUUGUUUUUCUAUUAUCAUUAGAAUGGCAAGAACUCAAUUGUAAUGUAAUGCUAAAUGAAAACUUUGCUGUUUGAUUCA